AUGAUGAUAACCAAACCUCAAUUAUUGCAAGCUGCACUUUCUUUUCUCAUACUCUGCAUGGAACUACAGUUAAAAGUCGUAUGCUUUUUACAACCAGAUUCUCUUCUAGAUGAAACUUACCUUGAGUUCACAAAUGAAGCCACUGAUUUUUCACCUGCAAAGGAAUACGAUUACAUCAUUGUUGGAGGAGGAACAGCUGGUUGCCCAUUAGCCGCCACUCUAUCCGAAAAAUAUUCAGUUCUACUACUUGAGCGAGGGGGUGUAGCCAAUUUAGAUCCCAACGUCUUAUACGAAGAUAACCUCUUCAAUCCCCUCCUAACUGCAAAUAAUAAUGAUUCCCCUGCUCAAACUUUCACCUCUGAAGAAGGGGUACUAAACGCAAGAGGGAGGGUCUUAGGAGGUAGUAGCAUGAUAAAUUUUGGAUUUUAUUCGAGGGCUGAUGAUUACUUUUAUAAGAAUUCAGGGAUUGAAUGGAAUACCAGUGGUGUGAAAAGUGCCUAUGAGUGGGUAGAAGAUAGUAUUGUAACACGUCCGAAUCAUUUAGGUAGGUGGCAAACUUCUAUGUUGAAUGCUUUACUACAAUCAGGAGUUGAUCCAGCAAAUGGGUUCACCCUGAACCAUGUUGAAGGUACCAAGAUUAGUGGUUCCACGUUUGAUGAUUCAGGGAGGCGCCAUGGAUCGGUGGAGCUCCUCAAUAAAGCCAAACCUGGAAAUUUAAAGGUCGUUGUCCAUGCCACAGUUGAUCGGGUCAUCUUCUCCACCUCCAAAUCUUUAGGAAUAGUUGCCAAUGGUGUUAGAUACCAUGAUUCAGAAGGAAUUUAUCAUGAAGUCCAUGUAAGAAAACCGGGGGAAGUAAUUUUGAGCGCUGGAGCUCUCGGAAGCCCACAACUUUUAUUGAUAAGUGGAAUCGGGCCACUUUCAUACCUUUCGUCCCUAAAAAUUCCAGUUGUUCGCGACAAUCCGUAUAUUGGAAAGUUCAUGGUUGAUAAUCCACGUCCUGGAAUUAACAUUUUGGUCCCAGUAGCAUCGCUUGAUGUAGGAGCACGAGUUGUUGGGAUAGUAAAAAAUGGCCCAUACAUCGAGUCUUCUGCAGCCCCUCGACAGGUGCCUUUUUUGGGUUCAAUUAUACCUUUAAACUCAAGUGUGCUGGUUAUUGGUGGAAAGAUUAUAGGACCAAAGUCAAGUGGUUCACUACAAUUAAUAUCUCCCUCUGAUGUAAACGUUAGCCCAAGUGUUCGUUUUAAUUACUACUCACACACGAAUGAUAUAAUAGAAUGUGGUAAGGUUGUGGAAGUACUUCGAGAUUUUUUGGGUACUCAAGCCAUGGAAGAAUACAAGUUUAGUGACAUAUCUGGUGGAAGGGAUUUCAGAUAUAUCGGGCCAUCACUACCUGAGGAUCCAUCUCAUUUGAAGUCCAAUGAGGCUUUCUGUCGCGAAACAUUGUCCACAUUUUGGCAUUUCCAUGGUGGAUGCUUGGUAGGAAAGGUGGUUGAUAGUGAUUUGAAAGUCAUAGGAGUUGAUUCUUUACGAGUCAUUGAUGCUUCCAUCUUUUCCAGCUCACCGGGAACAAAUCCACAGGCAACACUUAUGAUGUUAGGCCGAUACAUUGGAGUGAAAAUACUUAACGAGAGAGCACCAAAUUGAUGGCAUUCAUUCUUGAUAUACACCCGAUGUUUAGUCAAAAUCCUUGUCUUUUCUGUUUCUACACCAUGCAUGUACAUCAUUUUAUGUCACUUUUGAUAUGUUAUAAUACACAAGAAAAAUCUGAUUUGCGGUUGCUUGGUGUAAAAAAAAUGGGAAAAUCACAUUGGAG